AUGGAUACAAAUAAAUUUUUAUUAGUUUUCAAAAAUAGUGUGUUGAAUAAAUUAAUAUUCAAUCAAGUAACUUCAAUAUCAAGUAUAGCAGGACAAAAACAUUAUAAAUGGAAACAACUUGAAGAUUACCCUCAUAUUCUAGCUUCACACAACUACUUUGAACAUUUGAAACUAUGUUUGGCAAGCACUAAGAAUAGAAAAGAUGAAUGUAAACAAUUAACGAUACAAAUGGCAAUCAGAUUUGGUGAUCUUGAAAUGCUUAUAUAUCUGUUGGACAGGUUCAAAGUCGAUCUACACACCAUUAUUAUACCAAGAGAGAACGUCACCUCUGAUAAAAGUCCUGUAAUCUUUCACGAGAGUUGUUCGUAUCUCAAUAGUAUACUUUGUUUCGCAUUGCAACAUCGAAGAGUAGAUAUUAUCAAGUAUCUCACGAAUCGAUUCAAGAAGUACAAGUGGAACUACCGUAACGCAUUGAUCUUGGCUCCACUCUCUGGAAGUCUGGAAAUACUGAUGUACUUUGUCGAAAACUUUCCCAAAGACAAUAGACAUGUUAAGUUCGAGAAUGGUGGUAUUAAGAUAACAGUAUUCGAUUCAGCUGCAUACAUGGGUAGACUCGACAUGAUCGAGUAUCUUCUCGAGAAAAGAUUAGCAAAAGUCUUUAGAUAUACAGAAGUUUUAGACUUACCAUCCAGUAAGAUAUUUGAAUUUGCAAUUAGAGGAGGUCAUUUACACUUGGUCGAAUACCUGUUAAACAAUCAUAAGAGUUUGGCAUUCAAAAACGAAUAUAGAGUGUUAGAUUCUGCUUCCGAAUUUAAUCGUUUCGAUAUCGUCAAACUUCUCUUUAAUCAUGGUAUCAAGAACUAUUCAAUGGAGUUUUUGGAUUAUGCAGUUAAGAAUGGAAAUCUAGAGUUGUUGAAAUGGUCUCGUGCGAAUACAAAUGCCAGGUUGUCGAACAACGUCCUUAGUAUUGCUGCUCUUAAUGGAGAUCUUGAAUGUUUGAAAUGGCUUAACCAAAAUGGAGCUGAGGGUUACUCUACUAUCCCUAUGGAUAAUGCCGCCAAGAAUGGACAUCUCGAAUGUUUUAAAUACCUCCAUUUUAACAGAACAGAAGGUUGCUCUCAGAAUGCUAUUUUAUUUGCUCUGGAGAAUGGACAUUUAGAUGUUUUGAAAUGGAUUUAUGACAAUCGAACUGAACGAUGCAGUGAGGCUGUCUUGAAAGAUAUUAGAAUAUCUAGAAUCGAUGUAUUGGAAUGGGUUCUUGAAAACCAACCAAAAGUUUUCUCAACAAAAGACUUGGAAUUUGCAGUUCAGAAAGGAUAUUUAGAUAUCGUCCAGUUACUUUGUCAAAAGAAAAUGGUAGAGUGUCGAUAUGAAGUAAUGAAUUUGGCAGCAACCUAUCAACAUUUUCAUAUUGUGAAAUGGCUAUUCGAAAGUGGAGUCAUAUCUAAUUUUCAGGAAUCAACAGUGAAUGUCGCAACAUCCUAUGGAAAUUAUGAAAUGGUUCAAUAUAUUAUGCAAAAUUCCAGUGGAAUUCCGCUUUCCUAUCCAGUCAUAUUUUGUGUAGUUCACGGUUGUUUGGAUAUCUUAAAGUAUUUAACUCCAAUGAUCACUCGAGAUACACUUUCGCACAGGAACCAUUUCGAUUUGGCAGUUGAUCAUCAAAAUUUCGAUAUUUUACAAUGGUUGUAUGAAAAUCUACCAGAUUGUGGUUUGAUUACGAUCACUUCAUUCAACCAGGCAGUCAGAAACGGUAACCUUCCACUUGCAAAAUGGAUCUAUGAAAACAUUAAUGAAAAAAAGAUUGAAUCAAUCAAGAAAUACAAUGUUUUCGAUAGAGAUGACUUUGUAGAGCCACUCUUUAAACAGAAUCAAUAUGAAAUGAUUGAAUAUUUACUCGAAAUUCUCAAUGAAAUACCCAAAAGCGAUUUAGAAGACUAUAAGAAGUUGUUGGAAUUGAAAUAUCAAAAUUCAGUCGAGUCUUUAUCUGUAAUCAACAAAGCAAUUCUUAAAUCGAGUAAAUAA